AUGUCGUCGCUUCAAGUCAGAGGGCCGGACUUUUCGGUCACAAAGCAGAAAGCGAUUGAAGACGCAAAGAAAAUGCAAAAAGUGGUUGCCGAGCAGUGCUCAAAAGCCGGAAAGGACCCUCCACAGUAUCGACUUUCAGAGCUCAUUGGCAAAGGCAGUUUUGGUCGGGUCUACAAGGCCACCUCUCUAACGACGAAUCAGCUCGUUGCCGUUAAAAUAAUCGACAUUGAGGAGAGUGACACAGUUAACCCCAAGCUCGCCGACACAUAUAGCGACUUGCUCAAGGAAAUUAGUGCCCUGCAACUGCUCAGCAACAGUGGCGCCAAGAACAUCAAUCAUGUUAUCGAUGCUCUCCCUGUCGGGCAGUCCAUGUGGAUGAUUACAGAAUACUGCGCUGGAGGCAGCGUGGCUACCCUUAUGAAACCAACCUCACCGGGUGGCCUUCAGGAAAAAUGGAUUAUUCCCAUUUUGCGCGAAGUGGCCGAAGCUGUCUACUGGGUUCAUGGCCAGGGUAUCAUUCACAGAGACAUCAAGUGUGCCAAUAUCUUGGUCACGGAGGAGGGGAACGUCCAGCUUUGUGAUUUUGGAGUUGCUGGUGUUAUCGAAACCAAGUUUGACAAACGCUCAACGGUCAUUGGUACACCACAUUGGAUGGCCCCAGAGCUAUUCGACCCUGCGGCUUCUUAUGGUACUGAGGUGGAUAUAUGGGCUUUUGGCGCCAUGGUCUAUGAAAUUGCAUCGGGUCUACCACCAAGCGUGGCUGCAGGUAUGAUGGACUUCAACAGACUAGGCUCAUACCUCAAACAACACAUCCCUCGACUUGAUGGCGACCGAUAUUCCCAAGGGUUGAAAGACCUCGUGGCGUACUGCUUGGUUGAUGACCCUAAGAAACGCCCACCAAUUGAGCAAAUCCAGAGACACCGUUACAUAUUCAACACACAGGAUGCUUAUCCUGCUUCGAGCUUGGCACACUUGGUUAGAGGCUACAAGUUGUGGGAAGCUCAAGGUGGUGUUCGCAAGUCCCUCUUCUCCGCAGGAGGAGCCCAGGGGCCAUCUGACCUCGUUAACUUGGCCUUGGACAAUGAUGAGUGGAACUUCAGCACAACCGCUGCGUUUGAUCAACAGGUGCUUCAAACUGGCGACGCUCAAGCUGUGUUCGAUGUUUAUGGCUCCAACGUCGACUUCAAGCAGGAUGAGUUCGACGAUGCGUCUAGAACCCAAAAGCCAAAAUCACGUCGACGUCCGCCACCUCACCUUCCUUCCGUCAAGGCACCACUGGAAAAGCUAUUUGACCCAAAUACGAUAUCGAACUACGAGGACAACUCACGAGCAUAUUAUGGCCGUCCGUUUCCUCCGCCUACUGCCGAUUUCACCCCCCCACCACCGCCCCCUGCGUCGGAUUUACCGCUCAGAGACGACUCAUCUCAGUCUCCUGGUGUGAGAGAAUCCCUGAUUGAUCUUGACAUGUCCCUAGAUGGUAGCAAUCUCUCCGAAUUUGUUGACCUGAACACAAUUAGAGCUGGAGAUCCCAGGGCAUCGACCGACUAUGACUUUGGAGAUGUUUCCUAUAAUAAACCACCACUUAGUGAUCCAGCAGAUAUGAUGAACAACAACCGCCGAACACGAGAUUGGAAGUUUCCUUCCAUGGCCCCUCCCGCCUCAGCAAACCCGGAAAUGUUCAGAUUUCCGUUCAACGAUGACCAAGGGCCAAGUACCAGCCGCCUCAUCCACCCUCCGACGGAGCCAAUCCAGCCUUCGGCGCAGUUCAAUGACCUUGCAGUUCCCUCCCCAGUCAACAACCGGGCGUCGUCAGGCAGCCUCAUUGACUUAGACAUGGGUCUAGCUGAUCCUAUUCCUAUGAGCGACUAUACAAGGCCGUCCACAUCGCACUCGGACGUUGGAUCAUUGGCUGGCUCGGAGGUAGGAGGGGCUGAUCCUUUCCAGCUAGAAAAGCACGCCUCUCUUUACCUUAUGCCCAACAGUAUACGAGAGCCAUCCAUCUAUGUAUCCGAUGACUCUGAGUUUGCAAAUGCCGUCGCGGACCUUUCGCUGAAUAACACCCAGCGACAUGAUCCUCAGAUGUCCUACCAGCAAACACAGGUUCCCCUGCAUCAACCCCAGGGACAACUCCAAUCUUUCCAGACCAACGGGGGCACCCCGAGUGAAAGACCCUACUCCCUUAGCGAGUUCGCCGAUACUGACCCUGAAUCUUUUACUCCGCAAACGCUUGCCGCCCCUGAACUUCAACCUCCUCCACUUCAGCCUCAGCCAGAUCGGUCACCAGUUCGCGACGACUACCCUCGAUCUUAUCAACAACAGCCAUCCCUCCCACCUGCACCCACUGCACCCUCACCUCAAGUUAUGGAAGGCCAGGCCUCAUCAGAACACGUCAAGGAGGAGCUUCGACGCAUGGCCAUGAGCCUAAGUGAUCAUCUCAGCCACGCGAAUACAUACUUGUCGGGACUUCCACUUCGAAGAGCGAGCACAACAAGGAUGGAAUCUAUUGAGACCCCUUGA